AUGAAUGCAUUCUUGAAUAGAUUUUUGGAUAGGAAGACUAGGCUUUAUGAGUUGUUCCAGCAAGUUGAUAGAGCACUUUCACGUAUUAGACACAAUAAGAUGGGGGCAGAUUUUUCUUCAAAUUAUACUGAACCUAUUCUGAUUACUGGGUUAGCUGAAAUAGAGAAACAUGCUGCUACUAUAUUCACAAGGGAGAUAUUCAGCAUGGUUCAAGAAGAAUUAUUGAAUGAACAAAAAUUCAUUGUGCUUUACUACAUAGAUAAGGAAGGUUAUCGUACGUACACGUUAUCUCAGUAUGCAUCCCCUGACUCAAGAUGGGAGGUUGUGUAUUGUCAAGCUGAUCAAUCUAUGAAGUGCUCUUGUUUGCUAUUUGAGUCAUAUGGAUAUCCUUGUGGGCACCUAUUUGCUAUUAUGAAGGUUGAACAUUUGAAACAGAUUCCACCGACAUGUAUAAUGAACAGAUGGCUGAAAACAGCAAAGUCCGACCUGCCUUACAAACUUGAAUCCCAAAUGUCUCCUGAUAUCAUACGUAUGGCACGGUUUAGUGCAUUGUCUGCUAGUUGUAGUCAGAUGUGUUACUUUGGUUCAAGAACAACACAAGGCUUCGAAGAAUUGAAGGUUCAAAUAGCAAGGUUGACACGCCGCAUGGAAGAACUUUAUAAUUCAAGUAAAGAAGCUGCUGAAGAUGGGAUACGUACUGUGUCCAAUAAAGCAAACUUAAAUGUUCGUGAUCCAGCCAUUGUUAAGACUAAAGGCGACCAUGGUAGCACGAGCAACAGCCACAGCCAUGCGAAAGUUAGGCGAUGCAGCAGUUGUAAAGAUGUUGGACACACAAGGCGCACAUGUCCAUCUACACAUAUUCAACAAGGUGAACAUGUUGAUGGUGACAACGUCCCUGAAUCCAUGGAACAUCCAGCUGUUGGCUCACCUGAUUUGGAAACAAAUUAUUAUAAUUUUCUUUAA